AUGGAUCGUGUUGUCAACGAGACUCUACGAAUGUUCCCUAUAGCUCCAUUCGUGGCUCGGCAGACCAGUAAGGUUGUGGAACUGGACGGCAAGCACAUUCCAAGCGGCACCGUCCUGUUUCUGAACUUUGUGGGCGUGCACCGAAGUCCGAAGUACCACCAGGACCCGCUUACCUUCGACCCGGACAGAUUCUUGCCCGAUCGGGCUGCUGCUAUGCAUCCAUACAGCUUCUUGCCCUUUAGCUCUGGUAGUCGCAACUGCAUCGGGCAACCGCUUGCGUGGAUGAUGGUGAAGACUCUUCUCGCUUCAAUCCUCAAAACAUAUCAGAUAAGACGAAAUAAGGUUAAGAGGAAUACCUCUGAUUCCAUAUCUAUCCAAUAUGGACAAGAGUAUUUUGUGAUCAACACAAUCGAAGGCCUUGCUUAG